CAUUCCAUUCCGAUGACUACCAUCCACCACACCCCACCACCCGGCGCGUCGCCCUUUCACAUCUAUGAGGAUUCAGAUGACCUGGGGCCUCCCUCCCCCUCCGAGGUUUACGACGACGAAAUGUCAUUCAAUUCCGACCCGUCUUUACCCAGCGCCGACGAAGCCCUUCCUAGCAUUGAGGACGAUUACGCGGAGCACGACAACGAAAACGAUCACGCGGGUGACCUCGAACCUAAGCCAUAUCGUGGCUCCUAUACCUCGCGACCUUCUAUACUCUCGUCUGCACAAAAACGCCACAUCUCUGCCGUGACGACAACAAGUUUCAUCUCAAGUCUGCCUUCCGAAGUCUCAGUCGCCUCGAAACCUAUCUCAUCAACGAAUCAGUCGGCGGACUCACGAUACACACCACGGAAAGAACGGCCACCAUUCCGCAAUCCGUCUUCUGUGCGAGCCAUGCAGAUGUCUUCGCCUCCACCUUUCGCCUCGUACGACAACCCCCGGGAGCGGAUAAAAGGGACGUACAAGCUAGCAACACCGAGCAGAAUCCGCGUCAUGCCAGAAUGGCUGAUCGAGAACUACAAAAUUCUAGAGGAAAAGCUACAGGACAUCGUGCUGAUGCGGCGCGGAGUUCUAAUCCCUCAUCCAAGAGACGAGUAUGACCUCUUGGAAGAAAGAGUAUUGGAAAGUUUGGAGUUAAAGACCCCCCGACUACUUAAAUGCGGCCAUUUCGUCCCACCUGCCGAUUCGGAAGAGUCAUCUUCCGACGAGGAUGAGGAGACCAGCGUUGCCGGUGACAGUGCAGGGCGCGGUAGCCGUAUGAGCGGCGGCACCCUUACAGUGGAUGAGGAUGUCGACAAACCCGCACCAAGCAUCGACCUUGACACGAGCAUGUGCAUGGACUGUCAUCAGCAUAUGAAAAAGCCAGGCAAGGGAGUGGGUUUGGGCAGUAGAAAAUGGGAUAUCAAGAUCUAUGCCGCGAACGGACUCAUGCGUUCCGGGGCCUGGGCUGCAGCCUGGAACGAAAUGGAGAGGUGCGAUGUUGAAAUCUCGCCCUGGAUUCCGAUCGAGGUCCGGAAGGAUCUCGAGAGGAAAAUCAAGGAAGAGGCAGAGGCGAAAAAGCGCAAGGAACUCUACCAAGCUGAACUGAAGAGACAGGUCGAGGAGGAAGCAGUUCGCUUGAAGAAGUUGGAAGAGGCCGCUGUGGAGGAGAAGCGUCUGGCGGAGAUCUCUAUAGAGGCGAAGCUCAAAGCAGAGGAGAUUGAACUCCAAAGGAAAGAUCAACAUGAAGCCGAGGAAAAGUUACGAUUUGAAGCAGCACUGAAGGAGAAGAUUGACGAGGCCACAGAGGUUAUGCGUUUGCAAUUCGAGUCGCAAGCACUCGCAGAAGCAGCCUCUGUUGCCGAACGAUUCCGAGCUCUAGAGGGUAGGGUCAACAAGGAGGCAGAAUCCAGAGAUGCAGUUAGCACCCUGCGGUCGACCUCUCGCCGACCGCGCAUGGAAGAGCUUUCCCUUGGCACAUUGCUCAAGAACUAUUUCGUUCUUCUCGCAAAAGACCAGAGGAACGUUUUCAUUGUGAUCCUCAGUGUUGUCGUGGUUUACUUGGCCAUGCACCUCGACCCAGCUGUAUACAUGCAGCUUCCAGCCUCGAGUCUGCCUCACGCACUGCCUGAGGACCGCCUACCAGAUCUGGUUUCUUCGAUAGUAGUUACCACCACAGCGACAACUACAGCUACGGCAAUAGCCACAUCCACAACCACAGUGACGCAUGUUGAGCGUUACUCUGAGAUUGUUCAUGAUAUGGCAACCUCUUCACCGGAAAUUGCCAUCUCAGCGUCAGCAGAGCCUUCACCUGUAUUCUCAUCAGAAGGCUUGAUUGGCGAUGUACCGGUCAAUCUAGAGCAGGAAAUAGAAACGGAUGCGGAAGCAGAAGCGAUCGAACCAAGUGUGGUGGCUUCCGCGUCAGCAUGGCAGGAUCAAGUAGCUGCGACCGCUGCCUUGGACUUGACGGAUGCUGCGCCUCCUUCAUCAAUACCCUCACCCCUCCCUAUCGACGAACCCCUUUUCUCGCCUGAACCCGAUGAGGAACUUCACGACAUAUCAAUAUUCGACAAGACUACUCAAAAGUUCUUAGGACAGCCUAUGUCGUCUUUGGAUGGCGUGACAUGUCUGAAAUCGUACCUCCCAGCCGAGCUUCAAGCACAGCCCACCGACCUGCUGGAUUAA